ACCAAGAGAUCUUUCAUAUCAGAAAGCUAACAAUGUUGCCACUUUCAUCAUUUUCGAUUGCAUCAGCUCAACAGAGUCUCAUCUGGAUCUCAGCCUUUGCUUUGCUUGCCUGCUUGUCUGUGCAUGGCCAAAAAACUCAAGCAUCCCAAGAAGGCGUAGGCGCAACUUUAUCGAACUCUGGAGAAUAUUUUAAUGUUAAGAGAUCCCAUUUUCCAGGAGAUUUUGUUUUUGGAGCAUCCACUGCUGCUGCUCAGAUUGAAGGAUCAACUACAUUUGGAGGGAGAGGACCGAGCGUUUGGGACGAAUUUGUUAGGAAGUUCCCAGACAGAAUAAUAGACAAGAGUAACUUGGAGGUAGCAGUCGACUCAUAUAAACGCUACAAGGAAGAUGCCUUGGCUUUGAAGGACCUAGGCGUCGAUGCUUAUAGAUUUUCCAUCCCCUGGACUAGGAUUUUACCGGAUGGAUCUUUGAGUGGUGGAAUAAAUCAGGAGGGUAUCAAUCACUACAACAGUCUCAUCGACGAGUUGGUUAAACACGGCAUCAAGCCCUUUGUGACACUAUUUCACUUUGACUCACCGGAGGCCCUUGAAGAGAAGUACGGAGGCUUCUUAAACCGCACUAUUGUGAAGGAUUUCAAGGAUUAUGCUGAAAUUUGUUUUAAAACAUUUGGAGAUCGCGUUAAAAAUUGGAUUACCAUCAAUGAACCACUAGUUACUGCUAAAUUCGGGUAUGCCUUGGGAAUGGCUCCACCAGGCAGAUGUUCAGAUAGAACAACGUGUCGCGCUGGUAAUUCAGCCACUGAACCUUACAUUGCUGUCCACAACCUUCUUCUUGCCCAUGCAACUGUUGCUAGGCUUUACAAAGAGAAGUACCAGGCAGCACAAGGGGGACAAAUUGGAUUGAGCCUUGUUGGGCAGUAUUAUGAGCCCUAUUCAAACGAAUUGUUUGAUAGAGUUGCAGCAAAAAGAGCCAUGGAUUUCGAGUUGGGAUGGUUUAUGGAACCCCUGGUGCGAGGACAGUACCCUCUGAGCAUGAGAAGAUUGGUGAAGGAGAGGCUACCCGUUUUCAGUGCAAAAGAGAAAGAGCUGGUCAAAGGAUCUUUUGAUUUCAUUGGCAUCAACUACUAUACAGCAAGAUAUGCUAAGAACAUUCCAAUUAAUCCACAAGCUGCACCCAUCAGCUACUUGGCAGACCAACAUGUCAAUGCCACAGUGGACAAAGAUGGAGUUCUUAUUGGGCCAAGUGCUGGAGGGAGCAUGUUCAUUUACGUUUAUCCAAAAGGGCUGUGCAAAAUUUUGAAGUUCAUGACGAAACACUACAAUAAAAACCUUACAAUCUACAUUACUGAGAAUGGUUUUACGGAGAAAAAUGACCACAGCAUUCCAAUUCAUCAGGCAAUAAAUGAUCAACCUAGAAUUGAAUUCGUUCAGAAACAUUUGCAACAACUCCGCAGGGCAAUCAACAUUGGCGUGAAUGUCAAAGGAUAUUUCUAUUGGAGUUUAUUCGAUGACUUUGAAUGGACAGAAGGUUUUAGCGUCCGAUAUGGACUUUACUACGUUGACUACAAGAACAACCUCAAGCGCAUCCCCAAGAAAUCUGCCACAUGGUACCAUGAUUUUGUCAAAGGUGCCAGAAAACAUGAAUCCUAAAAAUCACCUUUAUCAUGUUUAAAGCAAAUUUAUAUUAAUCAUUAAGAAAAAUUCAAGAAGAAAAAAAGACUCUGCUCUCUCCUUGUAUCGAAUGCAGGCUGGCU